AGCAACCGAAGAACCCACCGAACAAUCUGACGGGAACGCACAGGGAAUCCCGAAACCCCUAGCGGAGACUGAUUACUGAAUUUAAUUGAUCGUUUGAGCCGUGACUUGUGGAUUUGCAUCGCACUUUUUUGACUUUCACAACCAAGGAAUCAUAAUGAUCAGUACAGUGGACUUCAGCGCGCUGGACUUUCUCUGCGCAGCGACGGAAAACGGCGCUCAGAACGAGCGCAAUGCCGACUUUGAGGGGCUUCUAAAACCUAAAGUUGAGAAGCCGGAUCCUGCUUUCCUCCCCGACCUGAGUGAAAGCUCGGUUGAUGGACUGCCUCCUUCCCCGCUGACCUACACCGGCACUUUCCACACCGAGUCAGCCGCAUGCAGCGCGGACGCUCUUCUCAACAUGAUCACGGAGAUCGUAGGCAUCUGCACAAAUCCCAUCUAUGACAGCCACCUCGAUGACUUCUCGCAGUCGGUGGCGAGUCCGAGCUCCCGCGGCGGCGCGCUCUACAGGCAGGGCUCGGUGGGCUCCACGGGCAGCUCCACGCCCUCGCUGGGAUCCCCUGAGCCGCUCUGCAACGAUCCUUCGGACGACUUCAUGGAUGUGGCGAGCCUGCAGCAGCUCUUCCCGGUGACUGUUAAACGGGAGCGCGAGGAGGACUGCCGCGGCUGUGAUUUCUUUGAUGAGCUGAGUGUCUCAGACACGCGACUUUCAGAUCAGGAUGCAGACCUGGACGACAUCAUCGACCUGCUUUCCCCACUUUGCCCUGAAACGGACACUUCUGCAUUGGACACUUGGAUAAAACAGGAGCCGGUUUGCGCGGAGCAGUGCUCACACAGCGUUCCCCUGAGCGCACCAUCAAACCAAACUCCUGCCACCACUCCAGCCACUCUUACUGGAAAUGCUUUCUAUAGGGCAGCCUUCCCUAACGGCCAGGUGUUCGAUCUGAACUGCUCUUCGGUGCUAGACUCUCUGCUUUUCUCCAACACUUCAACCACCAGAACCAGGGGCAAAGCGACUAAGGCGGGCACCAGGAAGGGUGCCCCGCGUGAAAAGCCCUUUUCCUGCCCGGUGGAAAACUGCGAUCGUCGCUUCUCGCGCUCAGACGAGCUAAACCGCCAUGUGCGCAUCCACACGGGCCACAAGCCGUUCCAGUGCCGGGUGUGCAUGCGGUGCUUCAGCCGGAGCGACCACCUGACGACGCACAUGCGCACGCACACCGGUGAGAAGCCCUUCUCGUGCGACGUGUGCGGACGCCGCUUUGCCAGGAGCGACGAAAGAAAGAGGCACUGGCGGGUGCACCUCAAGCAGAGGGAGAGGAUGCAACAGAAGGCUGAGCUCCUGGCGGCGCGCGCCUUCGCCAUACCGGGACUCGUGUGAGCGCGCGCUGUCGAGAUUACCGCUUUGUCGUUUGCUUGCUAUGAAGAAAGUAAAGCAGUUCACCGGCGCGAGCUGGUUCACCAGACGGAGACGUGAAGCUGAAAGUUGCAAUCACGCCAACUUCGAGAGUUUGACAGAAGUACAGAAAAGUGGCGCGAUUUCUGAUGACUUCCGGUGCGCAGGCGCCGCGCUGUCCCUGCUUUAACGAGGUCCUACCCAAGACUGCACAUAACUUGGACUCUCCAUUGCCGUUAAUGAAAAACAUGCAUGUUUUAUCCAAUGUGUUAUUAAAACUGUUAUUAAAACUGUUAUUGGCACUGCUCGACCAUGUCAGCAUGCACAUGAUCCAACUUUCUAUGGUCUCCGUGUUGUACUGUAUUUUUUGAUACUUCAUUGUGUAUAAACACCACAGAAACUACAGAAGCCUAUAUUUGUAUUUGUAUAUUUCGAUCAAUGGUUAUUUUUCUACUGAACAAAAAUGACAGAUGAAUAUCUUCUUAUAGAUUUUAUCGGAUUGUUGUAUUCAACUUUUGACACUGGAAGCGCGCUUGACUGGUUCCAUGCGAACCAAAUGCAGAUGAAGACAUCAACAUAGUAGUUGAGUUUCAGUAGCACACUUAGUUGUGCAGAUAUCUCUUUUUUGUGUAUUUGCCUUUAUGAAAAAAAAUAUCAAAUGUUACUGUGCAAUGCCACGCUGUUUAAAGCCUAAUGGGUAUU